UCUGGGACCAACACUUACUUUUAAUUUGAAAUGCCUUGGGGGAGGGGUCAUUCAGUCGAGUUCUAAUACACUGAAUGGCGCGACAGAGCAAAAAUGGCCACUUCAUCGAGCGCGGGAAGUGCAGCAUCAGAGGAGGCUACACAAGAAAAUAGUAUUAACAUUGUUAUCAACCGUGUUUGGAAUGCUCUCAAUAUGGCACGACAAGAGUUGUCUGUGCACAGGGAUGACGACAAUUUGUUGAGAUCCACCAGGAGAUCUUUUCGGCGGAGAAGACGACAAUUGAGCGACAGAGAUGGUGCUUCAAACAGGACAUGGAAGGUUCGGUUGUUCCUUCUGGCAAAGUCAGAUCAGCAGUCUAUUCCCUCUCCAACAGAGUGCUGUGAACUAAUAAGACAUGGCUUGGGAAGUCAAACAGAGGAACUUACUCGAGGGCCAGAGGACUUCCCGAAGCUUAGCUGGACCGCAUUACAGCUCAAAAAUUACAUUUGCCAAAAAUACACCAAAGUAAACUUGCACCUCAUUGGCUUUGAUCUUGCUCGUGCUGACAAAAACAAGCAUCUUUAUAAAAUCACAGGAAACACUGUGGCAGAUCUUAGAAAAGAGCUUGGACGGAGUAGACUUUAUGUCAUUCCUCACUCAGACAUCUCCCUGCCAUCAACUAGCUUGGCUACAGCAACAUCUACAGCUGAACCAACACCGAUGAAUGAAGAGGCUCCCCAGCACUAUGAAGCUGUGCUCACUACACAAAAUGAAUCUAGCAACUCGCUGGCAGAAACAUUGGAUCCAGAAGAAUGGCAAAAUGCAGGAACACCAGAGGUGUACUACAGGCGAAGACAUCUUGAUCCAACCGUUGAAGAUAUCAAUAGAUCAAGCAUGGACCACUUCCUCAUCGCUGAUGACUCAGACGAAGAGGAAGACAGAGACAUUGUGCCCCAUGACCUGGCUUCCGAUGAUCCUUUUUCAGAUGAAAUGGACAUUGUUACUAUCAUGAAAAUGUUUCGGGAGAAACAUUUGACAGACGGCCAGAAUUUAAGUGUAAUCAUUCGAAGGAGGAAACUGCUCGAAAGCGCAGUCAAAGCCAUUAAGCGACCAACAUUCAUCUGGACUACCACUCCACAUAUCGAAUUUGUGGGAGAGGAAGCAGAUGACCUUGGAGGGCCACAAAGAGAGUUUUUCAGACUAUUGAUGAAAGAGGUCCAAGGUUCAUUUGGCAUUUUCGAGGGGAAACCUGGACAGGUUUUGAUGACAUACGACCAAGCAGCUUUAGAACAACAGAAAUAUUUCCUUGGUGGAAAUCUAGUUGCUUGGUCUGUUGUUCAUGGAGGCCCAUCAAUUAAAUGCCUUGAUCCAACCCUCUUCCAGCUCAUGUGUGGCCAGGAACCAAGGCUUGAAGAGUUUGACUGGAGUGUUAUCCCAGAUGUGGAAAUCCAAUCCAAACUUCAAAAGAUACAGGAAUGUAAAACAUCGGCUGACCUGACUUCAAUAAAGCAAACCUUGGGAGACUGGAUUGCUGAUUGUGGGAUCCCACAGAUCUUCAGUGCCAGUGUGGAUGACAUUCCAAAAAUCUAUGGAAAUGUGGUGAAACACUGCAUUUUUCUGAGAACUUCCAAACCAAUCCAGCAGUUCACUGAGGGGAUGAAUGCUUUUGGAAACCUGUGGGAUGUGGUGACCAAAAACUGGAUUGCCUUUCUACCACUUUUCACAAACAUGCAGGAGCCUCUGUCAAAAGAUGCUUUCAGAUGUCUUCUUACAUACAAUUACAGCUCUAGAGGAAGUAACCAGCGGGAGGCAGAGGAGGAGACUAUAUACUGCUGGGAACAGGUCCUUAAUAUGAUUGAAGACAAAUCUUCUGAUUUGAGCUAUGAAGACCUGCUCAUUUUCAUCACGGGAGCAGAUGAAGUUCCUACACUGGGUUUCACAUCCAAGCCAAGUGUGGACUUCUACACUCAAGAAGAUGGGCAACGCCGUCUGCCAUACUCAUCAACUUGUGCAAUGGUUUUGUUCUUGCCAAGAGGAGUAACAGAAGAAGGAGAACUUCAUGACAUGCUUUGCCAGUGUGUCAGAGAAUGCAUUGGAUUUGGGAAAGUUUAGCCUGUCAUUUUGACUCCUGUCACCGCUGACUAGUUUUUUUUCUACCCUAGGUUUGUUUAAAAAGUCACUAUUAUUUUGUUUAUUAAACAAAGUCAACGUUCGUAUUAACCCCAAUCUAACAUUGUACUUUCUGUUUUUGAAUAAUCAUAACAAUAAUUUACUACACGGAAUAUUAAAAAAAGAAGUUGUUACAAAGCAAGAUUUUUACCUUCAAUGCUUGUUCAUCAUAAAGACAAUUCCAAAAACUAAAUGAUAAAAUUCCUUGGUUACUAUAUAUUUUUUUUAUUAUUUUUGUUUAUGAAGUAGUGUUGUCCAAGUUUAAAUUAAAAGAGACUUCACUAUUAAAUGUGUUUGUUUGAUCAUUACACAUUAUACUUGAAUACAAGUAAAUUGUUUACAUUUACGGAGGGUGGGCAAAAAAAAUUAGAAUGAUGGAGGCGCUGCGGUCUUUAAAUCCUUGCUAGAAUGUUUCACCUAUUUAUACUUUUUAUAUUUUUUAUUAAUUGAGUUUGAGCACAUGUAUGAAGGCUACGCUCAAUACUUUUUUUGACACUUUGGUAGAGAGAAGGAAUGCUGUGAGACAGUUGCUGAGGACACUACAGCAACAAGGUAUGAACUAGUAAGUGUUUUUCACACAUAGAUUGUGAGAUGCACCACAUUUCAGUGAGUUAUUGCUUUUUUUAAGAGAGUUCUGUUAGGAAACUAAAAGGUUGUUAUUACGGUGAUGUCAGAGCUGUAGGGGGACGUGCCAUGUAAAGAGACGCGUAACAGCACUUCAUAAGUGUUGUCUGUGUUAAAAGUUAUAAUAAUUAAGGAGUGGGUCCGUUUUUUCUUGUUUUACAUUUUUUAUGUUGCUUCAGUUCUACAACAUUUACAUCUUGUGAAAGAGUCUGAAUGGUUCUUCCGUUUCAAGGAGCAGGAUUUGAAGAAACAGGUUUUUUGAAGUCCAUAUUCUUGAAAAUUUUCGGUAUCAGAAAUUAAUGUGUUACUUCAAGCCUAUGCCGACUACGACCACAUUUUCCCCAAAAAGAUGAACACAGCUUCAUCGCUAAAACAGGGAAAAAAUAUCUGCAGUUAAUGUAUACGUCUACAUUCGAAUAUUUUCAAUACAGGGUAAGAACUAAAUGGAAGUUGGUCUGGAAGGUACUUUUGUCACUAAUUAAGGAAUAGUUUUUGAGCUGUCAAUAAUUUAAAGAGUAAUGCUUGAAGGAUUGUUGGUGGAAAAGCCACACACAUGAAUAAUACUGCCAUCAAAAAAUAAACACUCUUGCUACCUGGAAUAUGCUAAAACAAGUAUUUAUUUAAUUACAUUUUUAAAUAAUAUAAUAGUCAAUGAAAAAUGUUUUUAACUACAUAAAAAAAA